AUGGGAUUAUUACAGCUAUUUCUGGUUCUCAGCAUAUUUUGCUCCUCAGGUUUUGGGGUUGACCCUGCCCUGCGCAUCAGCGUGUUUGAUGAACUAACACUUGGAGAGGGCUUUGAUGGAGUUACUCAGGUCCAGGGCUUCCACAGCGAGUCUAGAGCUUUCCACUUCCAAGGGUCCUCCAGGGAAGUCAAGGCUCCUGUUGAGGUCUCAGAGCAAAUGGUGCAGAAGCUGAGAGGCAAGAAUGAGUUUACUGUGCUGGCGACCCUCAAACAGGAUCACCUCAACUCUGGGGUCAUCCUCUCCAUCCAUCAUUCGGAGCACAGGUUCCUGGAGCUGGAGAGCAGUGGCCAGCGCAGCGAGGUGCGUCUUCACUACCGUACCAAAGGCCAGCAGGCCCACACUGAGGUGUUCCCUUACAGCCUGGCUGAUGACCAGUGGCACAAGGUCUCUGUGGCUGUCAGUGCCUCUCACGUCAUACUACAUGUCGACUGCAACAGGGGUUGCUGUGGAGUGAUGCAGGACGUGGAGAUCCUGGUGAUGCCGCAGGGUUACAUCUCACAGUGUCCAGACCUGAACAGAACAUGCCCAACCUGCAAUGAUUUCCACGGACUUGUGCAGAAAAUCAUGGAACUGCAGGACAUCCUUGCUAAAACAUCCAGCAAGCUGUCCAGGGCAGAGGAGAAGAUGAAUGGGCUGGAUGGCUGCUAUUGUGAGAGAACCUGCAGCAUCAAGGGGGUUGUCUACAGGGAGGACGAGGGCUGGACAGAUGGCUGCAGGAACUGCACAUGCAUGAAUGGCACGGUGCAAUGUGAGGCCAUCUCCUGCCCUCCCCCUCAGUGCCCGGCGGGAACGGCGCCUGCCUACGUAAAGGGUGCCUGCUGCAGGGAGUGCCAGCCUGUCUGCCUGUUUGGUGGAAGAGAGCUAGUGGAGGGGGAUCAGAAGGCUGUGCGCGACUCCUCUGGCAGGUGCCUGCUGUUUGAAUGCAGGGACAGGACUAUGCAUCGAGUGGUCCCCAGUGAGCCAUGUCCUGAGCUCAACUGUCCAGAGUCGGAGCAGAUCACCCUGAGUGACAGAUGCUGUAAAGUCUGCAGAGGUCAUGACUUCUGCUCAGAGGGCCACGGCUGCAUGGAGCACUCAGACUGUGUGAACCUGGAGGCGGGAGACUGCUGCGUUUGUAAGGAUGGCUUCCGCCCACUUCGAGACGAUAAUGCCUACUGUGAGGAUAUUGAUGAGUGCGCUGAAGGGAAGCACUACUGCAGGGAGAACACCAUGUGUGUUAACACCCCGGGCUCCUUCAUGUGCAUCUGCCAUACGGGCUACAUCAGGAUCGAUGACUACUCCUGCACAGAGCACGAUGAGUGCCUCAGUGGCCUACACAACUGUGAUGAGAAUGCCUUGUGCUUCAACAUGGUUGGAGGCCACAGCUGCUCCUGUAAGCCCGGCUACACCGGUAAUGGGACAGUCUGCAAAGCUAUGUGUGACGGAUUGUGCCAGAAUGGGGGAACCUGCGUCUCACCUAACAACUGUGUUUGCCAGCAAGGAUUUACUGGGAAGAGAUGCGAGACAGAUAUUGAUGAGUGUGCUGACGGCUUUGUUGAGUGUGAUAGCAAAUCCACUUGUGUCAACUUGCCCGGCUGGUACCACUGUGAGUGCCGUGAUGGCUACCAUGACAACGGCUUGUUUUCCGCCAAUGGGGAGUCAUGUGUAGACAUUAAUGAAUGCAAGACAGGGAGGAACACCUGUGCCAACGACACAGUGUGCUUCAACCUGGAGGGAGGCUAUGACUGCCGGUGCCCCCACGGGCACAACUGCACCGGCGACUGUAUCCAUGACAACAAGGUCAAGCACAGCGGGCAGAUCUGGGUGCUGGACAGCGAUAGGUGCUCCGUAUGCUCCUGUCAGGCUGGCCAAGUCAUGUGCCGCAGGAUGGUUUGCGACUGCGACAACCCCAACGCCGACCUGUUCUGCUGCCCCGAGUGCGACCCUCGCCUGAGCAGCCAGUGUCUGCACCAGAACGGCCUGCUCACUUACAGCAGCGGGGACACAUGGGUGGAGAACUGCCAGCAGUGCCAAUGCCUGCAGGGGCAGGUGGACUGCUGGCCUCUGCCGUGCCCGCCCGUGGACUGUGAGUUUACCGUGGUGCCUGAGGGCGAGUGCUGUCCCCGCUGUGUCACCGACCCCUGCCAGGCCGACACCAUCCGCAACGACAUCACCAAGACGUGCACGGACGAGCACAGCAUCUCACGCUUCAGCGGCUCCUCCUGGAUUAAACAUGGCACAGAGUGCACCCUAUGCCAGUGCAAGAAUGGACACAUCUGUUGCUCAGUGGACCCCAUGUGCCUUUAGUCCUGGCAGAUCUGAAGGCACCUGUACAGCAUUCUCCAUGUAAAAAAAAAGAAAAAAAGUAACACCACCCUUAUGUCUCUUCACUAUCCUCCUCACAGGCGUGGGUCAAAUAGUGUUUGCAUUGUUAGGAUUUGAUUUAGCCUGCUAAACUAGACGGACGGGGUUCACUAAUCAGGAUAAUUC